CCUUUUUUGUGCGGCCUCGAGGGGGCCUGCGCGGAGGAAUGGCCGCGCCGAGGCAGCGGCCCAGGGCACGCUGAGGUCGGAGGCGGCGGCCCCGGCGGCGGGCGCGGCGGCGCGGCGAUGGACCCUGCGAUGCAGGCGCAGUAUCUGCAGAUGUACCAGCUGCAGCAGCUGCAGAUGGCGCAGCAGCAGGCCGCCGCCGCGGCCAUGCAGGGGCAGCAGGCGGCCCAGCAGCAGCUGCUGCAGCAGCAGCUCAUGCAGCAGCAGCUGCAGCAGCAGCAGCAGGCCGCGCAGCAGCAAGCCGCGCAGCAGCAACAGCAGCAGGAGCAGAUGCAGCAGCAGAUGCUGCAACAGCAGCUGCAGCAGCAGCAACAGCAACAGCCGCUCGCACCGGGGCCUGUUGCACCAGGGCCUGUGGUGCACGGGGCGGUGCAGGAGCAGCAUCCGCAGCAGACGCAGCCUCUGCAGCCCGGGCCACUGCAGCCGGGGCCAGUGCAACCGGGGCCAGUGCAACAGGGGCAAGCUCAGGACCAGCAGCAGCCGCAGGGGCAGCCACAGCCUGGGCAUCCUCCGCAGACACUCCUGCCUCCGGACGUGUUCAUGAACCAGAAGCAGCAAGAAACGCAGCAGCAGGAGGACUUUUACGAGCAGCUGAGGCUCCAGGAGGAGCGCAGGCAGCAGCAACAGCAGCAGCAGCAGCAUAUGCAGCAGCAGACGCAGCCGCCCGGCGGCCCAGAGCCGGCGUCAGGACCGCCCGCCAUGCAGCCGCCGCCGCCGCAGGGCUCAGACGACUUCUACGAGCAGCUGAGGCUCCAGGAGGAGCGCAGGCAGCAGCAGCAGCAGCAGGAGCAGCUGCAGCAGCAGCAGCAGCAGCAGCAGCAGACCCAGCUGCCAGGCGGCCCAGAGCCGGCGUCAGGACCGCCCGCCAUGCAGCCGCCGCCGCCGCAGGGCUCAGACGACUUCUACGAGCAGCUGAGGCUCCAGGAGGAGCGCAGGCAGCAGCAGCAGCAGCAGGAGCAGCUGCAGCAGCACCGCCGCCGCCGCAGGGCUCAGACGACUUCUACGAGCAGCUGA